AUGCCACCUCCUCCUUUCCCGCGUAUCUCACCUCCACCACCACCUCCUCCACGACCUGGGACGCCACCUCCUCCCCGUAUCUUACCUCCACCACCACCUCAACCUAUAACGCCACACCCUCCCUCUCCACCACCACCUCCACUUAUAACGCCACGCCCUCCCCCUCCACCACCACCUCGACCUGUAACUUUACACCCUCCCCCUCCACCACCACCUCGACUUGUAACUCCACGCCCUCCCCCUCCACCACCACCUCGACAUGUAACGCCACGCCCUCCCCCUCCACUACCACCUCGACCUGUAACUCCACGCCCUCCCCCUCCACCACCACCUAUACGCUGUACAUCUUUACAUAUUUGCACCACCUUAUUGCAUUCUCCAUUAUCUCAAUUACUCGGUCUAGGCAGAAUUUGUUGCACCGUUGUCACUGCUCAUCCUCUUAGUGACAUUGCUAGGUGCAUGUGCGCCAAUGGAAAGACUGCAUAUCCUCAAAUGGACCAUUCUGUUUUAACGACUCGUAUGAGAAGCGUAAUCGGUUAUUGUGGACUUAAUGCAAACAACUUUAGUUGCAAUUAA